CGCCCCGGCUGGCCUCCUGCGGGAAGCGGCGGCCGGGCGGGCGGCUGCGCGCGCAGCCUGGCUCAGGCUCCUCCCCCUCUCGGCUCCGGAGCCCGCGAGUGGCCCGCUUCUUCUCCGCCCUCCGAGAUGGCGCUGGACCCCGCAGAGCAGCAUCUCAGACAUGUGGAAAAAGAUGUUCUGAUCCCAAAAAUAAUGAGAGAAAAGGCCAGAGAGAGGUGUUCUGAACAAGUUGAAGAUUUUACCAGAUGUUGCAAGGACUCUGGAAUCCUUAUGGUAGUAAAAUGCCGGAAAGAAAAUUCUGCAUUGAAAGACUGUCUAACUGCUUACUAUAAUGAUCCAGCCUUCUAUGAAGAAUGCAAACUGGAAUAUCUCAAGGAAAGGGAAGAAUUCAGAAAAACCGGAGUUCCUACUAAGAAGAGGCUGCAGAGGCUUCCUACAAGCAUGUAGGUCAAUAUUGAGUCCAGGAAGUCACAUCUUAAUGGAAACCACUUGUAAUAUAAGCCAAAAAUGAUGGACCGAAACAAUGUUUCCUCAUCCUAAUCAUGAAAAUACUUAUUUUUUAUGAAAUAAAAAAAUCUUUAUUUCUGA